CCAUUAGCAUGGCAAAAAUCCAAAACACUGACAAUACCAAAUCCUGGUGAGGAUGUGGAACAACAGGGACUCUCUUUCUUUGCUGGUGGGAAUACAAAAUGGUAGAGCCACUUUGGAAGACAGUUUGUCAUAUUCUUACAAAACUAGACAUACUCUUACUAUAUGAUCCAGCAGUUGUGCUCCUUGGUACUUCUCCAGAAGAGUUGAAAACUUAUGCACACAACUCUGCACACGGAUAUUUAUAGUAGUUUUAUUUAUAAUAGCCAAAACUUGGAACCAAAAGUAUGUGAAUUCACUUUCAGUAGGUGAAUUGAUAAUUAAGUAGUGAUAUAUCCAGACAAUGGAAUCUUAUUCAUUACUAAAAGUAAAUGAGGUGUCAAGCUAUGAAAAGAAACAUAGGAACUUUGAAUGCUUAACUGAGUGAAAGAAGCCAGUCUGAAAGAUUACAUACUGGAUUAUUCCAACUACAUGACAUUCUAGAAAAGGUGAAACUAUGGAGAUAGUAAAAAGAUCAGUGGUUGCCAGAAGAUGGGAAUGGGGGGAGGGAUGAAUAGGCAGAGCAUAGAGAAUUUUCAGGGCAGUGAAGAAACUAUUCCGUAUGAUAUUAUAAUGGUGGAUACAUACCAUUAUAUGUCUGUCCAAACCCAUAGAAUUUAAAACACCAAGAGUGAGUCCUAUUUAAACUCUGGACUUUACGUGAUAAUGGUAUGUCAGUGUUGGUUCAUCUGUUGUUAUAAAUGUAUCACUGUGGUACAGGGACGCUGUGUGUUCAUUAAGUGGAGGCAGGGCAUAUAUGGAACUCUUUGUAACUUUCUACUCAGUUUUACUGUGAACCUAAAACUACUCUAGAAGACAGAGUCUAUCUAAUAAAAAAAGCCCCUCCACCCCAGCCUUCUAUUUCUACAGGUCCAUUUAUUAGAAAAGAAUCAUCUUUGGCCAUUUCUCAUUUCUCUUGUUAGGUAUUCUGGUAAUUGUAAGAUGCUUAUAUCUAACCCUUGAUUUUUCAGUUUGGGAGGUUUCUCUUGUUGCUGUGCUAAGAAAGAUGAGGAAUUCAGCUCAUAUUUAUCAUCCUCCACCCCCACUAAUUUUGUUUGCUAUAUAGUUUUACCAGUAGUUUCCUUUGUACAUUUCAAACUAUAUUUUGGUAUCUUAAUCUUAAUGUAGUAUACACCUUGGGUUAGCGAUGUGUUUGGCUUUCCUUCUCAGUACUUCACCACUGUCAUGAAAGCCACCUCAAAGAUUAAUAGGCAUGGUGGUAACGUGACUAUAAUAAAGAAAAAGUAAUCAAACUAAAGUUGAGGGAUAGUCUACGAAAUAACUGGCCUUUAUUCUUCAAAAGUCAAAGUCAUGAAUAACAAAGACUGAAAUAUUAUUCUAGAUUAAAGAAAACUACAGAGAUACUACAACAUGUAGUUCUGGAUUGGAUUCUGGAUUAAGAAAAAAAUGUAUUUUCUUUUUUAAUAAAAGAUAUAGUGGGACAAAUGGGACAAUUUUAAUAAAGCCUAUGGUAAAUGUUAAUUAGUGUUAAUUUCCAGAUAUUGAUAAUUGUACUGUGAUUCUGUAAGAGAAUGUCCUUGUCUUUAGAUAAUACACAAUGAAACUUAGGGGUAAAGGAGCAUUUAUUUGCAACUUACUUUCAAACAGUGAAUGUGGAUAUAUAGAGAGAAAAUGCUAAAGUAAAUAUAAUGAAUUGUUAACAUUUGGGAAAUCUAGGGGAAGCAAUUAUUUGCACUAUGGCAACUUUUCUGUAAGUCUAAAACACCUUUACAGUUGGCUUGUUUCAAUUAGGUCUCAGGUAAAAUCCAUAUAUUGCAUUUGUUUGGGGUGGCUCUUAAGAGUCUUGUAAUCCAUAUGGUUCAUGCUCCCUUUCUUUUAAAAUGCCACUUUUUAAUUAUAGAAACAACCAUUUGACCCACUUUUGAAUUUGGAUGAUCAUAUGCUCUUUGUGUCAUUUAAUAUAUUUCUUUAUCAUGCAUUUUUCCUGAAGACUGGUACAUUUAAGAAGUUCCAGUGAAUUUGUGUUAAAAAAAAUUGGCAUGGUGGUACUAGGGGAAGGAUGCAGUAAUUCAGGGCAGCAUUUAGUUAAAAGAAGGGAGGGAGAUGGCACAUUAGUCUCUAGCAAUGUCAACUGGAAAAGAUCUGAGAUGCUUACAAAUUAAGAAAAUUGAGGGUCUCGCUCACUGCAGUCCACCCAUGCUUCUUGUCCUCCCACCACUCAUUUUCAUGCCCACUGCUGCCACCUCCAUCUAUCACCCUGGAAGAGGAGAUCCCUGCACUCAUCACUGAUGAUAACUCUGGUAUAUGCAAGGUGGGCUUUGCUGGGAAUGAUGUCCCUUGUCCCCCCGCCAUAUUCCCAUCCAUUGUCAGAAACCCCCUGCCUCCAAGGUGUUGUCAUGGUGGGCAUUAGCCAAAAGGACUCCUAUGUGGGCAACAGGGCCCAGAGCAAGCAAGGCAUCCUCCUCAAGUACCCUAUUGAGCCUGGCAUCAUCACCAACAAGGAGGAUAUGGAGAAGAUCUGGUACCGCACCUUCUACAAUGAACUGCACAUGGCCCCCAAGGAGCACUACAACACUUCCACCACUGCUAUUGUCAUGGACUCUGGGGACAGGGUAACCCACACUAUGCCCAUGUUUGUGGGGUACUCCCUGCCCUGUGCCAUCCUGUGCCUGGACCUGGCUGGCCAGGACCUGAUGGACUACCUCUUGAAGAUAUUCACAGAGAGUGGUUACAGUUUCACCACCACAGUUGAGUGGGAAAUUGUGUGUGACAUAACCGAGAAGCUCUGCUAGGUCAACCUCUACUUUGAGCAGGAAAUGGCCACUGUGGUGUCCUCCUCCUCCUUGGAAAAGAGCUAUGAGCUGGCUGAUAGUCAGCUGAUCACCAUGGGCAAGAAGUGGUACCACUGCCCUAUGGGAUUUUCCCAGCUAUCCUUUCUGGGUAUGGAGUCCUUUGGUAUCCAUGAGAUCACCUUCAACUUCAUCAUGAAGUGUGACUCUGACAUCUGGAUGGACCUGUACUCUAACACAGUGCCGAAUGGUGGGACCACCAUGUACCCAGGCAUCUUGGACAGAAUGCAGAAAGGGAGCACUACCCUGGAACCCAGCACUAUGAAGAUCAAAGUCAUCGCUUCUCCUGAAUGCAAAUACUUUGUGUGGAUCAGGGGCUCCAUCCUGGCCUUGCUAUUCACCUUUAAGCAGAUGUGAAUCAGCAAACAGGAGUAUGAAGAGUUGGGCCCCUCCACUUCCCACUGCAGAUGCUUCUAAAUGUCUUGCACGCAGUUAUGUAGCAUUUGCUGCAUGAGUUAAUUCCUAAGUAUAAAUUUACCCUGGCAAAUGUGUGCACUUCAUGCUAGCCUCAUAAACUGGAAUACGCCUUUGAAAAUAAAUUUGUCCUUGAAGCUUGUAUCUGAUGUCAGCCCUGGAUGGAAGAUUGUUGCUGAUUUUGACUUUGUAUUCAAAUUAAAUUUUCUCUUGGUAUAUGUUUAAUACCUUGUACAUAACCUUGAUUUAAACCUCUUUUAUAGAAUGUGGCUUAGUCAUUUCAUGGCUGAGGGGAGAACAUGUUUAUGGAAGAGAAAUCCAUUGGUUUGAUGAGCAUCCUCCAUAAGGUUCUUUUUAAAAAAAUUUUUUUUUUUUUGCUGUUUAUUUUUUGAGAGAGAGAGAGAGAGAGAGAGACAGAAUGUGAGCAGGGGAGGGGCAGAGAGAGAGGGAGACACAGAAUCUGAAGCAGGUUCCAGGCUCCGAGCUGUCAGCACAGAGCCUGAUGUGGGGCUUGACCUCACAAGCUGUGAGAUCAUGACCUGAGCUGAAGUCAGACACUCAACCGACUGAGCCAUCCAGGCGCCCCCAUAACGUUCUUGAUCUGAGUUGGGUAUUAAUGUGUGAGAGCUGCCUAUUUCAGGAUUAUCUAGAGGCUGGCAAGAUUUUUGAACCAGUUGAAAUUUCUUUGUCUUUCUGGUCUGACAGGAUUAGGAAGGUCUGAGGUUUAGGACCCACUUUCCUUUCUUAUCCAGUGUUUUCCUACCAGAACACUGUGGGUUGUUACUAACUGCCUUGUGUUGGAAAACAGUUUACAUUUACACCUGUAAAUUUAUUCAUCCUUUUAAUAUACUAAGGUUUUGUACACAAUUCUCAAUUGUUUAAGAGAUGACAACAUUUUUUGGUUUUCUCCUGUCAUGUGAGAACAUUAGGCUCUCAGCAACAUGUCAUUGUUUGAGGAAAAUAAAGUGCUGCAGUAAACUGGAAAAAAAAAAUCAGCGGGAUAGCCUCCCUUGCUUCUUGUCCCAACCUUCUACUUUCGUAAGAAAGGUGAGGACAUGAGGUAUUCAACAGAAUAUUAUAAAGCAUUUUUCCUAAUUAUAGUUUCAGGACUUGCAUCAUUUCUACAGAGUUGUAUAAUAGUUAAUUUAGUCAUUUACUGAUUAUCCCUGAGAGCUUUUUUUCUGAGUUGUAUUCUCUUCUUUCUUAGCACAUUCUCCCUCACUGAUCUUACCUGCAAAAUGCUGAUGCCUCCCAAAUCUGCAUCUCUUGUGUCGUCUGUUAUUACUCUCCUUGAACAUGUUCCUCAGACUUAGGAAAUUCAUGACUGCUCUUGUCCUUUCUUUCCAGAAUUUCUUAAUCUUCCAUAGUACAAUGAAUAUGACCACUAUCAAACAAUUGCUCAGGGAAAAAAAAAUGUGUGUCAUCCUUUAUUUCUCUGUCUCCUUUAUCCUCCCCACAUCUGGUUGGUCCUCAAGUCCUGUUGAUUUUCCCUGCUACAUGUUUUUUUUGUUUUGUUUUUUUGUUUGUUUGUUUGUUUUUACUGUUCCAUUCACGUCUGUCUUUACCACUGUUGUCCUGGUCCAGGCUACUGUGUUUCUCAAGUGGAUUACUGUAGCUGCUUUCUGUCUGAUUUGCUCAUUGUGUUCAACCAGAGUGAUCUUUUUAAAAUACAAAUUCAAUCAGUGUUACUCUCCUGCUUAAAUCUCUAACAUAAAAAUGUAUGUAUUAGUUGUGGUUCUCCAAAGAAGCAGAACUGAUGAGAUAUAGGUAGAGAAAUAUAUAGGAGGAGAUUUAUUAUAGGUAUUGGCUAAUGUGGUUUUAGACGCCCAGAAGUCCCAUGAUCUGCUGUCUCUAAGCUGGAGAACCAGGAAAUGGUGUAAUUCAGGCUAUGUGUUAAGGCAUGAGAACCACAGGAUGGAUAGUCUAAGCCUCUAUCUGAAUCCAAAAGCCCAAGAAUCAGAGCACUGAUGCACCGGCGCAGAAGAUCAGUGUAUCAGUUCAAGCAUAAAGAAUGAGUUUGUCCUUUCUCCAUGUUUUCAUUCUAUUCAGGCCCUCAACAGUUUGGAUUAUACCUACUUGCAUUGGUAAGAGCCAUCUGCUUUACUCAGUCUAAUGAUUGAAAUCCUAAUUUCUUUUAUAAACACCCUCAGAGACACACCCAGAAGUAAUGUUUUUACCACCCAUCUGCACAUCCCUUAGUCUAGUCAAGUUGACUUGUAAAAUUUAUUAUCAUAAUAUGGAGAGACCUAAUAUCUACAUCAUCUAUAUCUAUCUACCAUAUAUGUCUCCAUACAUACACAUACAUACGCACAUACACAGACAUGCUCUUGAGGACAUGUGCCUACAGACCUCAUAGCCUCCUCUUGCUAGAAUUUCUUUCUUUUCCUUGGCUAUCUUAGUCUCUUGUGCUUCUGGAAUGUCACACAGGUUAUUUCUUUUGCCUGGACUGUCUGUCCUACCCCUCUUUAAUUGGUAACUCAUUCUUAUCUUUUGUGUCUUGACUCGGUUUACAUAUCUUUUUCUCCUUUAAUCUUUCCUUUAUCACUGAACUCUGGAAUAGGUAUCAUUCAGAGGUCCUCCCUGGGAAAUAUUCUUGCUUUUUCCAUCAAGGUAUAUUGUCAUGAUGUAUAAUAAUUCUUGUUUGCAUGUUUGAUCCCAGCAGGCUGAGUUCUGUGCAUGUAUUAAAACACGUAAGUAUUUAUAUGCAUACUUAUUGAGUGAGUAUGUAGGCGAACUGAGAAAUGGAAAGAUUCUAUCUAGCAUCUACAUAGGACUUUGGUGUUAAAAAGAAGUCUGUGAAAGGAAAAAAAAAUAAAAGCAAGAACAUGAAAGAAAACAUUUAAUACCAGAAGGUAAAGUUUCCAAUUAUUGCUUCUACUUAAAGUGAGAAAGACAUGAAAUAAUUCAUACUCCCUUUGAUCUUUGAUAAAUUGGUUCUUUUCUCUGAAUGUUAAUUCAUAAAAUAGAAAUAUUUAAUCAUAAAAAUUAUUCAUUUUUAGUCUGACCCAUGAUUUUUUUAAUUCAUUCAAUAACUAUUUAUUGGUGCCUACUAUAUUCCAGGAGCCAUUCUAGCAAUUUGGCCAUUUUCAGGAAGAAGUAGAAAGUUCCAUAAAAUACUGAGAAAAAUGAGUAGUAGAAAAAGGAUCAAAAUAUUUUCUCUUGAGAAAAAUGAAUAGUGGAAAUAGGAUUGAAGUAUUUUUUCUCCCUUUUAAAAAUUGAAAUAAAAUUAACAGAUAACAUUGCAUUAGUUUCGGAUAUAGAAAAUAACGAUUCAGUAUUUGUAUACAUUGUGAAGUAUUCAUCUGAACAAGUCUCAUUGCCAUCUGUCCUCAUAGAAGUUACAAAAAAAUUGUUUUUUCUGGUGAUGAGAACUUUUAAGAUCUACUUUAUUAGUGAUUUUCAAAUGUGCAAUACAAUAUUAUUAACUGAAACCAUCAUAGUGUGCAUUGCAUCUCCAUGACUUACUUAUUUUAUAACUUGAAUUUUGUACCUCUUGGUCUCCUUCAUGCAUUUUGUCCAUCCCUCUAGCUCUUGUUCCCUUUGGCAACCACUUAUCUGUUCUCUGUGUCUGUGACUUUUGUUUUGUUUGUUUGUUUUUUUUUUUAGAUUUCACAUAUAACUGAAACCAUACAGUGUAUGUUUACCUCUGACUUAUUUAAUUAAUAUAAUAUCCUCAAAGUCUCUCCAUAUUUGCACAAUGGCAAAACUUCAUUCUUUUUCACGACUCAGUAGUAUUCUGCUAUAUAUAUGUGUAUUCCAUGACUUUUUUUUAUCCAUUCAUCCAUCAGUGGUGACCUACGUUAUUCCCAUAUCUUGGCUGUUGUAAGUAAUGCUGCAAUAAACAUAGGGAUACGUCUAUCUUUUUAAAUUAGUAUUUUCAUUUUCUUAGGAUAUAUUCCCAGAAGUAUAAUUGCUGAGUCAUAUGGUAGUACAAUUUUUAAUUUUUUGAGAAAGCUACAUUCCAUAGUGGCUGCACCAAUUUACAUUUCCACCAAAAGUGCAUGAGAGUUCCCUUUUCUCCACAUCCUCUCUAGCACUUGUUAUUUCUUCUCUUUUAAAUAAUAGUUAUUCUGGCAAUUGUGAGAUAACUUAUUGUGAUUUUGAUCAUGAUUUUGCAUUUCCGGAUGAUUAGUGAUGUUGAGAAUCUUUUCAUAUGUCUGUUGGUCUCCUGUGUGUCUUCUUUGGGAAAUGUCUCUUCAGAUCUUCUGUCCACUUUAAAAUCAGAUUAUUUGUUCUUUUGAUAUUAAGUUGUGUAAGUUCUUUAUAUAUAUGUAGAUAUUAGCCCAUUAUUGGAUAUGUGAUUUGCAAAUAUCUUCUCCCAUUUACUGGGUUGCCUUUUUAUUUUGUUGAUGGUUUCCCUCACCAUGCAGAAACUUUUUAGCUUGAUGUAGUCCCAUUUGUUUACUGUUGCUUUUGUUGCCAUUUCCUUUGGAGUCAGAUCCAAAAAAAUAUCACCAAGAGCAAUGUCAAGGAAAACCACCCGUUUCUUCUAGGAGUUUUAUAGUUUCAAGUCUUAUAUUCAGAUCUUUAAUUUAUUUUGAGUUAAUGUUUGUGUAUGGUGAAAGUUCCAUUUUCAUCAUUUUAUAUGUGGCUGUCCUGCUUUCCCAGCACCUUUUAUUGAAGAGACCAUCUUUUCUUCAUUGUAUUCUCUUAUCUCCUUGUCAUAAAUUAGUUGACCCUAUAUUCAUGGGUUUAUUUCUGGGGUCCUUAUUCUAUUCCAUUGAUCUCUGUGUUUGUUUCUAUGUCCAUAUCACCCUGUUUUAAUUACUAAAGUUUUGCAAUACAGUUUGAAUCUGGGAGCAUGAUGCCUCCAGCUUUGUUCUUCUCUGUCAAGAUUGCUUUGGCUAUUCAGUCUUUUGUGGCUCUUCUAUUUGUGUGAAAAAUGCCACUGGAAUUUUGAUAGAGAUUGCAUUGAAUUUGUACAUUGCUUUGGAUAAUAUGGACAUUUAAAAAAUACUGAUUCUUCCAGUUCAUGAGCAUGGAAUAACUUUCCAGUUACUUGUUUUUCCUUCAGUUUCUUUCAUCAGUUUCUUAUACAUUACCAUGUAGAGCUCUUUCACCUCCUUGGUUAAAUUUUAUUCCUAGGCAUUUUAUUCUUUUGGAUGUAAUUAUAAACAGGAUUGUUUUCUUAAUUUCUCUUUCUGAGAGUCUGUAUAUAAAAACACAACAGAUUUUUGUAUACUGACUUUAUACUUUGCAACUUUACCAACAUUUUUUAUUAGUUCUAACAGGUGUUAUUUUUGUUUUUGUUUUGUUUUGUUUUAUUUUUGGAGUCUUCAGGGAUUCCUAUAUGCAAAAUCAUGUUGUACACAAAUAGUGAUGGUUUCACUUCUUCCUUUCCAAUUUGGAUGUCUUUUAUUUCUUUUUUCUUGAUUUGGCUAGGAUUUAAAUACUGUGUUGAAUUAUAGUGGUGAGAGUGGGCAUCCUUGUCUUGUUUCUGCUUUUAAAGGAAAAGCUUUCAGCUUUUUACCAUUGAGUAUGAUGUUAGCUGUAGCUAAUAUAUGGCCUUUAUUAUGUUGAGGUACAUUCUAUUACCCACCUUUUUGAGAGUUUUUAUCGUAAAUGGAUGUUGAACUUUUUCAAUUGGUUUUCUGCAUCUAUUGAGGUGAUCAUAUGAUUUUUACCUUUUAUUUUGUUAAUGUGGUGUAUCACAUUAACAGGUUUGUGGAUGCUGAACCAUCUUACACCCUUGGAAUAAAUCCCACUUAAUCAUGAUGUAUGAUACUUAUUAUAUAUUUUUGAAUUCAGUUUGCUAAUAAUUAAAAAAAAAUUUUAGCAUUUUAUUUUAUUUUUUGAGAGAUAGAGACAGAUUGUGAGCAGGCAAGGGGCUGAGAAAGAAGGAGACACAGAAUCCAAAGCAGGAUCCAGGCUCUGAGCUGUCAGCACAGAGCCUGAUGCUGGACUUGAACUCAUGAACCUUGAGAUUGUGACCUGAGCCGAAGUUGGAUGCUUAACCAACUGAACCACCACCCAGGUGCCCCUAUGUGUGUGUGUGUGUGUGUGUGUGUGUGUGUGUGUGUGUGUAUGUGUGUGUGUUUUAAAGUUUAUUUAUUUAUUUUGAGAGAGAGAGAGAGAGAGACAGAGAGAGAGAGAGAGAGUGGGAGGGGCAGAGAGAGAGAGGAGAGAUUCCACUGAUAGAGAUUGCACUGAAUUUGUACAUUGUCAAACAGCAGGCUCUGUGCUGUAUUGACAUCUGACUCGAGGCUCAAUCUCGCAAAUGACCUGAGCUGAAAUCAAGAGUUAGAUGUGUAACCAACUAAGCCACCCACUUAGGCACCCCUGUUUUAUGUUUUUGAUGUUACAUUUUACAUCUUUGAAUUUUGUGUAUUCCAUAAGUAAUUAUUAUAGUUAUAUUUAUUUUUACUCCUUUUAUCUUUAAAGUUUAUACUAGCUUUGUAAGACCACUUUUACUAUAUACUUAACUUUAUCAGUGAAAUUUUUACUCUCAUAUUUUUUCUUUUUACUAAUUAGUGCCCUUUUCAGCUUAAAGAAGUCUCUUUAACAUUUCUUGUAAGACUGGUUUAAUGGUGACAAACUCCUUUACCUUUUGCUUGUUUGGGAAAUUAUUUCUCCUUUAAUUCUGAAUGAUAAUUUUUUUAGGUACAAUAUUCUUAAUUGGAAAUUUUUCCUUUUCAGCACUUUGAAUAUAUCAUGCCACUCUUUUCUGGCUUAUAAAGUUUUUUGUUUGUUUGUUUGUUUGUUUGUUUGUUUGUUUGUUUUGAGAGAGAGAGUGUGCAUGUGAGUGGGGCAGGGGCAGAAAUAGAGAGAAUCCCAAGCAGGCUCCAUGCUAUCAGUGCAGAGCCCCAUGUGGGGCUUGAUCCUAUCAACCAUGAGAUCAUGAGGCCUGAGAUGAAAUCAAGAGUCAGACACUUAACUAAGCUACCCAGGCACCCCUGGCCUGCAAAUAUUUUGUGGAAAAAAAUUUGCUUAUAGCCUUAUGGAGGUUUCUUUGUAUGUAACAAGUUAUUUCCUCUUGCUGCUUUUAAGAAUCUCUGUUUAACUUUUGACAUUUUAACUAUAAUAUAUCUUGGUGUGGGUCUCUUUAAGUACAUCUUCUUUAGAAUUAUCUGGGAUUCCUGAAUUUUGAGGUUGAUUCCUUCCCAAGGUUAGGAAAACCAGCCAUUUCUUCAAAUGUUUUCUGCUCCUUUGUGUUUUUUCCUUCUGUGACCCCUAUAACAUGAAUGUUAUUUCACUUGUAGUUGUCCCAGUUUUUCAGUUCAUUUAUUGUAUUCUUCAGCUCUCUGGCUUCUGUUUGGUACUUUCUGAUAUUUUCUCUUUGUUAAUAUUCUUACUGUGUUCUUCCAUUCUUCUUCUCAUUUUGCUGACAUUUUUAUGACCAUUAAUUUGAACUCUUUAUUACAUAAAUUACUUGUUUCUGUUCCAUUAAGUUUUUUUUCUGGUGGCUUAUCUUUUUUCUUUUCAUUUGGAACAUAUUCCUCUGUUUUCUCAUUUUCUUGACUCUCUGUGUUUGUUUCUAUAUAUUAGGUUAAACAGCUAUCUCUUACAGUCUUGAAGGAAGGGACUUGUAUGUGGGAUGAACUUUAUCUUUUAAGUUUGCUCUAGCUCUUGGUUGUCUCUUGAACUGUCUCUCUGAUUGUUUCCAACCCACGGAGCCCAGAAAUGCAGUUCCCCCAGGCCAUUAGGGCCACGCACUCAAUAAGUGUCCCUUGUGCGGGUUCCUGGGUCUAAAAGCAGCUGUAUGAACAGUACAGAGGGCCAGGGCACUUGCUUGCCAGUAUUAGUGGGCUAGAGUGAAAAUGACACCUGCCUCUGCCAGUGCCAGAAAUGUAGAGGGAGAUCACAAAGAUGGUGCCCACCUUGUCAGCACUAGCAAGGCAGAGGCAGAAUGCCGAGAAUAGUACUCAUCUGCUCCCCUGUCCUCAGAGAAGGUCCCAAAGGUUUAUGCCUCUUUGGCAGACACCUUAAAGUUAGAAAAUGAAUCUCCUUCACAUAUGAUAUAAAUGCUUUUCAAUCUGCUGCUUUUAUGUUGGGUCCCAGAGUGAACAAGCUUGCAUUUGAGCCCUGUCAGAGUGGAAUAUCCUUUCUCCACAAUCAUAUGUUUCUCCUAGAUUUAAGCCUGUUGGUUUUCCAAGCCAGAUGUUUUGGGUGCUCAUCUCUCCAUAACAGGUCCCAAUGGGUGGGGUGCCUGAUGUGGGCCAGAAACCCUCUCACUCCUCAGAGAGAAACUCUAUAUUUGUGUGAUCCCUCCUAAUUCCUGCUGCUGUGGGUUGCUGUGCCAGAGGUAGGAUUUUUGAUGAGACUGUGUCUCUGCUUCUCCUUCUUGUCUUAAUGCGGCCUUUUUAUUGUUUGCAGUGGAGGAUCUGUUAAGCUAGUUUUUUGGUGUUUUUUACAGAGGGAAUUGUUUCAUAUGUAGCUGUAGAUUUGUUAUGUCCAUGGGAACAGGUAAGUCUAGGAUCCUCCUAUGAUGUGAUCUUGAACUACCUCUCCCUAAUCCCUAAUUAAAAAAAAAACUUUAAAUGUUUUUGAGAGAGAGAGACAGAGUGUGAGCAGGGGAGGGGCAGAGAGAGAAAGAGGGAGACACAGAAUCCGAAGCAUGCUCCAGGCUCCGAGCUGUCAGCACAGAGUCCAAUGCGGGGCUUGAACUCACAAGCUGUGAGAUCAUGACCUGAACCGAAGUCAGACGCUUAACUGACUGAGCCACCCAGGUGCCUCACCUAAUCACUAAUUUUAAAAGUAAGAAAACACAGGUUUACAGAGGGUAAGUGACUUGUUCUAGAAACAGUCAGGACCAGAUGCCACAUACUUUCAGGCACCAUGUAUACAUGAGCACCCAUAAAAUAGCAUUAUGUUUCUUGUAGAAAAUUAUCUGAGUUCUCAGAUUAGAUACCUUAGACAAAUGGGAGUAAUUCUUUUAGGUUAGGAUGUAAUCAGUCCAGUACAUAUGGGACACUGAUGGACAACAAGGAGCUAAUAACUAAUUAGUCAGGGGUGAUCUGGUUAGUCCCUGGGAGAAUCUGGUAAUUGUUGGGGCACGUCUUGGCAUACUUGAAAUAUUUAUUGGUGUAUCAUUGGAAACACUGGCGCUUUUAUUUGGGGAAGGGAACAGCAAUACUCUGCUUUUCCCAUCUACCCUUCUUUCUGGGGCUCAUUUAGUAUUGACUUCAGUUUCAUAACUCAUAUUCCCACCUAACUCACCCAGAUUCAGGGACUACCUCAAGAAACUUCUUUAACAGCAUUUCAUGUCGGCUCCUCUGUGCCCAAACAAUUUUUCAUGACUCAGUCAUUUUGAAACUGCACUGUGAUAGUUUAAGGCCUUACUGAAUUGCAUACUUUAUUUUCAACUGUUCAAAUUGGUAGUGUGUUCUGUUAGCAGAGCAGAGUAGCCUUUUGUGGAUAUUAAAAAACAAUGACCAUAUUAAAGUGGCACUUUUUGUAGUUUAGUAAUCACUGACUGAAAUUGUCUAGGUUGACUACUUCCUCAUGGAAUAGGAAUAACAGCUUGUGAUAAUUAAAUUAAAAAGUUAAAAUGGGUUAUAAAAAAUAAGAAAAUUGCCCUCUGUAGGUAAAAACUCCCUACAAGGACUUUUAUUGCUAUAACUUAUAACUCAUUGUUCAGCAGAGUAGGAAGAUUUGAUGUAGAUGGUUUUUGAAGCACAUCAACUCACAUUGACAUGAUAGGCCAUAAUGACAUCUCUCAUGAUGCCAUCUGCAGAUCUCAGUAUAAACACUGGCCAAACUCCCGCAGAAGGUGAGGUGUUUACCCAUUGAUCUACAAAGGGUAUACUGCUGCCAAACACCCCAUUUGUACCCGGAUCUGAGGAUGAGUCUUCAUAAGUCCACAUCAUUUGUUUUAGAUUCACUGUUGAAAACCUAGCUUAGCAGAGGGUACAGAUAUUUGCCUUACUUAAGUCCAUAGGCUUUUUCAACUGCAUCUGCACACAUGGAAUUACUAAAUUUGAGAGUUAGGGACUCUUAGACCUGUGCAAUCUCCUAAUUUUUUUAUCCUUCUAUAGAUGAAGGAGGAGAGGAAGUAAAAUAACCCAAUGACCUUGUGGGGGUUUGUCCAGCCCUCAAGUGCUUGAACAGUCUUGUUUUGACUACAGGCAUAGCAACCAUAUCAGAAUCUCUUUCUUCCUUAAUGCACAACAGUUUGGGAUAUCUCUGGUAGUGAAAGUGUAUCAGAGAUUGUACUUUUUGGCUGGUGAGAUCUUCGCUGCCCUGGGAUUAUCUUUAUAAUAUCAUAUGACCUUGAAAGUUUUAUUGAAUGAUUAAUGAACAAAUACACGUACAGAUUUUGUUUAUAGCUUUCUUUUUUCUUUUGGCUGCAAGAAAGCAUAAAUUUUUCCUCCUGUAGAGUACCCUGAUUUCCUUUGGGAGAACUGCCCUCCAUCAUUUCAUUUAGGGUUGCUGGGACAGUAAAUUUCCAGGUGCCUGUUUCCCUCCAUGGAAUCUGAAGAAGACAGAGCCUCUGCUCUGUGCUCUGGGGGGUUGACAUGUGACCUAGCCCUGGCAAUCAGAUUCUUUUUUUUCUCUUGAGUGAGUGAUUUAAGGACACAAACUACAGUUGGAAAUAAUUCAUCCUGGGAAGCAGCUGCAGUAGUUUCCUGCUCCAACUGCAAUAGUGUGCUUGCUGUGUUUCUUGCUUCUUGGCUUUCUGGGAUUUGCUUGGUUGCUGCAUGAUGCUAAGCCUGCUCUUCCAGGCUCCUGUUGGUUCUGUGACAUUCUACCCAAUAUAUUGGCUUUUGGUUGUUAAUCAACCUUGAUUGUGUUACUUAUGAUCAAGAACUCUGAUGUCCAAGUCUAGUGGCCUAAAAUGAACUCAUUUUACAUUUAUGAAUGAGUGUCUGGGAGUAGUUUCAUUGGAUACUCACUAGUUGUAGUUACAUCUUCUGAUCAUUCCAAUUUACUUUUCACCUGUACUCU